CACCGUGCACCAUGACAUUUUGGAUGCCGUAGCCUGAAGGUGGAUUCUAAUCUUUGCUCUUUUCACAUGAGAAUGGAGUGAUUGCGAGUGCAGCAUCCGAGUGCACUUGUUGUUCUGCCUCGUUAUCUGCUAACGGACUGAGACGCAGCUCCAGCUCCACUGCAUUUACUCUAUCACCAAGAUAUCCACUGUAAAAUCCCUUAGAGGUGUUUAGACGUGUUUCUGUCCAAGAUGCCAGUACUAACAAGGCCUGAGAUUGCCAACAAAUUUAAGGAGAAAUGGAUGCUGCUUCAUCCAGAGGACUGUGAAAACGCCAGUGGUUCUGUGAGUUUGGACGACAGCCUCACCAGCCUUCACUGGCUUCAGAACUUCUCCAUCCUCAGUGCCAAUCCAGAAAGGUCUCCAAGCUUUGGAUGCCACCCGCAGCACUUCCCUCAGCCCAAGAACCCUUCGGGGAGCUCUGACUCACCCUCCAGCCCCCCUGCUGGGGACACAGCAGCCAUGGGCAUGGCUCAGCCCCCAGGAAAUCCCAUGCCAGCCUGUAGCACUUACAGCCAUCCACAGGUUGGACUCUAUGGCCACAGUGAGGAAAUUGACUACAAAACGAACCCUCAUGUCAAACCCCCUUAUUCAUAUGCCACGUUAAUCUUCAUGGCCAUGCAGGCCAGCAAGAAGACUAAAAUCACCCUGUCUGCCAUCUACAGCUGGAUCACUGAGAACUUCUGCUACUACAGACACGCUGAGCCAAGCUGGCAGAAUUCAAUUCGCCACAACCUGUCGCUGAACAAGUGUUUCAUGAAGGUGCCCAGGCAGAAGGAUGAGCCAGGAAAGGGAGGCUUCUGGCAGAUUGACCCUCAGUACGCAGACAUGUUUGUAAAUGGGGUCUUCAAACGAAGGCGGAUGCCUGCCACAAAUUUCAACACCCAGAGACAGAGCAGAUUGCUAUCCUCUUGUUCUUCUUAUAGCCCUCAACGCAACCAACAAACAGCGAUGGUCCACUACCAAGAGCCUGUAGCAGGAAGCAAACGCAAGCAGGUGUUUCCCAAGCAUGGGGGCAAGUUGUCGAGGGUGUCCCAGUCGCCACUGCUGGCCAGUGAGAUCAAAAGCUCAGACGUUCUCCGGGGGGACUUUGACCUGGCUUCUGUCUUCGAUGAUGUCCUUAGUGGGAACGGCAGCACCUUUGAGGACUUGGAUAUCAACACUGCUCUGAGCUCUCUGGGCUGUGAAAUGGAGGUGUCCUCCCAGAACCAGCAUAUACCUAGCCUGCCCAAAUGGUACAGCAAUGAGGAUGAACAGGCUUGUGCUUACUUGGAGAUGAACAGCGGAUUGGGAUGCAGCAUGGAGGACUUUCAGCAGCAGCAGCAUCAGCAGCACAUACAGACCCAUCCACAAUAUUAUGAAGGAAUGGCACUGUUUUCAGAUAUUCCUCAGCAGCAGCAGCACCCCUGGGAGAUUAAAGAGGAAGUCCAAGCCAUCCCACUGUCUCUGGACCAGGGUUAUGGUCUCUGUGAAGGAUUCUUCUCCGAGAUGCCUCUAUGGGAGAGGGCAGAGUCAUUUCCAUGAACAUUCAUACUCUUUCCUCAUUCACUGCUGGUCUAAGGAUCUAUUGACUUUUGUUUUGCUACAUUAGCAUAAUGAAAUGGUUCAUAAUAUGGAAAAUGGUAUAUAAUUCUUCUUUUUACUUCUUUUGCAUUUUUUUGUUCCCUGAGAAAUCUAUGCUGAACAUUAAUGAUUAUCCUUGUUCCUUUUUUUUUCAUGGUUGGAGGAUUUAAUUUUCAAGAUGCACAUUGCUAUUGUGGAACAUAUCUAAGUAGUGGCAAAUCGAUUUUUGUGUAGGUUAAUCAAGCAAAAUCUAUAUAGUUUUAGUUCACUUGACAUUUUAGACAAAGUUAUAAUAUGAAUAUAUAAUCAUUUUUAAAAAUCUUAACAAAAUCAGCUAUCACAAGAAAAAUGGGAUGCAACGAGCCAAAGUGCUUUGCAGAAAUAUUUUCAGAGAAACCCAGCACAAGCACUUUGAGUCACUGUUUAAGUUUGGUUACUCUAUUUCAGCCUUAUAAUUUAUUUGAUACAAUGUGAGAAAUGUGAGGCUUCUUUCUUUCUUUCUUUUUUACACAAGCUGUUUAAAUGCCAUUGUUCUGUUUUUAUUUUCUGAUUAGUUGUGAAAGGCAAUACCAUAAACAUGGCAAGGACUGUUUUAGAAGUGUAUUUGUAUUGACUUUUUUUGAAGAAUGGAUUCUAACAUGCAACUUAAAUCAAACUAUAUUCUGUACUUGAAUAAAAAGAUCAAUCAUCUGAAA